AUGGGUACCGAAGAGGAAACUGCAUCUGUUGAGCUACCAGCACCGUCUUCAUGGAAGAAACUGUUUUUCCCAAACAAAGUGAAGAAAAUAGAGAUUGUGUUUGUUGCUCCAACGGGAGAGGAGAUCAGUAACAGGAAGCAGCUGGAGCAGUAUCUCAAAUCACACCCUGGAAGCCCCGCCAUCGCAGAGUUCGAUUGGACCACGAGUGGGACACCGAGGAGAUCCGCUAGGAUCAGUGGGAAGACUAAGUCGUCGCCAUCACCACCAGACAAAGAGCCACCCAAGAAGCGAGGUCGAGCCAAAUCUUCAGUGUCGAAGAAAGACACAGAAGGUGAGAAGUCAGAGGGAGGUGUGGUGGAAAACUCUCAUGUCCAAGAUACUGAAAUGGCAAAAGACGACAUUGUUGCUGAGGGAACUCCGGAUCUUGCUCCAGUUCAAGAAGUUGGUGACUUGGUGAAGGAGAAAGCACCUGAGCCAGUUGAAGAUGGUGAGAAUGAGAAGGUGGAGUCUCAGACUGAGAAAGAAGAGGAGACUAAGAAACCUGUUGAUGCAGAGGAAAAGACCGUUGAAGCUACUAGUGAGGAGAAGAAGGCGGAGUCUCCGACUGAGAAAGAAGAGGAGACUAAGAAACCUGUUGAUGCAGAGGAGAAGACCGUUGAAGAUAGUAAGACGGAGAAGGUUGAGUCUCAGAUUGAGAAAGAAGAGGAGACUAAGAAACCUGUUGAUGAGGAGGAGAAGGCCGUUGAAGCUACUGGUGAGGAGAAGAAGGAAAUUGCAGGCGAGACUGAAGCCGAUACCAAAGACAAUGAGGGAAAUGGUGUGACAACAGAAGUUGAUGAGGGGAAAGUGAAAACUGCAGAAGCAGAAGCUACUGAAUAG